AAAGUAUGUGACGGCCGAUCGGGCUUAUCAACAUCGCGAGUUCCUGUCAUCUGCUUGGUGUUGACUUGCAGUAGCCAUCGGAUGGCGAUGUAAUCCCGACGCGGAGGAUUGAUCGUUGAUGUGCUUAUCUACAGGCUCCAGCCCACACGAUCUGUGAGUUAAGCCGCACAGAAUUCCUGCUUCAGCUCAUCAUUUCAUCUUCCCGUAAAUUCAAGCAGCAGCAGCACCUUCCUGAAUCGAGACGAUGUCGCCAUUUUGUUUCCUACUUUUCCUGGUCUUCAUCGCUCCAUUGGCGGCAUCAUUGCCACAGCGUCACCACAAAGUGAUCAUAGUUGGAGCAGGAAUGUCAGGCAUUAUGGCUGCCAAGAAGCUUUCAGAAAACGGGGUUGAUGAUUUCUUGAUAUUGGAAGGCAGUGAUCGGAUCGGAGGCAGGAUGCACAAGCGUGAGUUUGGGGGAAAAACUAUUGAGAUUGGUGCCAACUGGAUCGAAGGCGUUGGUGGGCAUCACUUGAACCCGUUACUGGAGCUUGCCCAUGAGUCAGGACUCAGAACAUUCUUGUCGGAUUACUCCAAUAUCUCGUCCAAUUACUACGAUUCAAAUGGUAAAGCUAUUCCACUUUCCGAGGUUUUGGACAUAACGAAAAAACAAGAAGCUUCGAACAAGUUUAGCACUAACCUGGUAGCAACAAUACGAGCUAACAAUGAAGAAGACGUUUCUGUUUUGGAAGCCCACCGCAUUUUUGGAUACGUUCCAGAAACACCUUUGGAGAUGGCAGUAGACUAUGUCGAUUUUGACAUGGAGAUGGCAGAGCCUCCAAGAGUGACCAGUUUGAAGAGUGUAAUACCCCUUCAAACGCACACAUAUUAUGGUCCAAAUGAGCGCUUUGUUGCUGAUGAAAGGGGAUAUGAGCAGCUAGUUCAUGGUUUAGGUGGUAAAUUUCUAAAAUCAGUGGAUGGGAGAUUGACUGACGGGCGCCUAAUUUUAAGAAAGGUUGUUAGGGAAAUUCACUACAGAGAUGACUGUGUUCAUGUUCUUGUUGAAGAUGGAACUUCUUACAGUGCAGAAUAUGUCAUACUUUCGGUUAGCUUAGGUGUUCUUCAAAGCAAGCUUAUUCGUUUCAAACCUGAAUUGCCUCGAUGGAAGAUCCUUUCCAUGUACAAGUUUGACAUGGCAAUCUACAUGAAGAUAUUUCUAAAGUUUCCACAUACAUUCUGGCCCUCUGGUCCAGGAACUGCAGUUUUCUCGUAUGCGAGCGAAAGAAGGGGUUACUACAACUAUUGGGAGCACUUGGAGAAGCAGUACCCGGGGUCGAACAUACUUUUUGUAACAGUUACAGAUGAUGAAGCCAGGCGUAUUGAACGUCAGUCUGAUAACGUCACCAAAGAAGAAGCAAUGGACGUGCUCCGUAAAAUAUUUGGCCCUGAAAUUCCUGAUGCUUUGGAUAUUCUUGUUCCAAGAUGGGGAAUGGAUAGACUUCAACGUGGAUCUUACAGUAACUGGCCGAUAGGCGUAACAGAUGACGAUUUCAACAAGCUAAAGGCUCCUGUUGGACGCAUUUAUUUUACGGGCGAGUAUACGAGUUUGGACUACAAUGGUUACGUCCAUGGCGCUUAUUUUGCAGGUAUGGAGACCGCUUCUGAUGUUGUGAAGAAGUUAAGAAAAUGACGCUGCUUAGUUGUCUAGAAACAACAAUGACAGAUGAGCGAAUCAAUAAAUGCUAUGAGCUGGAAAUAAUUGUUGCAUGCAAGUUACUCUAUUUAUUUUGAAAACUCAUUGUUCAGCUAAGAAUGCAUGAUGAGAAAAGGAGCUCUGUCCGUUUCGU